CGGGAGUCACCGGAAAUGGCACUGUGACCUGUCACGUGACCAGCACCGGCUCGACCAAUCAGGAGGCGUUUCCGGCGACAGAGGUGACUCCGAGGGUCGGCUGAGCUUUUCGCGUCCUUUUUGCACUGAUCGUCGUCUCGUGCGCGUGUCCUGCUGGCAUACGGCAAAAACUGGUGGCACCAAUCGUCAUGCCGAAAUACACGGAGGAAGAUCUGGGCAGAGCGAAGAAGCUCGUCGCGGAUGGAUUCACCGUCUACAAGGCAGCCAAGGACACCGGCGUGCCGUACGAGACGCUCCGCCGUCACAUCUUCGGCAUCAACGUCACCGGCUCCACUGGCUCUGGGCGACCGACGGUGCUGACGAGGACCGAAGAGGACAAGCUGGUGGAAAUCCUCGCUUACCUCGCCCGCCAAGCAUUUCCACUGGACACCAGUGACAUCUGCGAUCUGGUCCAGCAGUUCCUGAACAACCUCGGCAGAGAGACGCAGUGGAAGGACAACAGGCCCACCCGCUUCUGGCUGUCACGUUUCAAGGCUCGUCACGCCGGUGUCCUCGCGUCGCGCAAACCGGAGAUCCUCACCAUCACUCGUGCCAAGUCUCUGACAGAGGAAAUAGUUGGCGCCUUCUUCUCCAUGUACAACGGGGUGCUCGUCGACCUGGGACUCGAGGACAAGCCGGACAUCUACAACCUCGAUGAGACGGGACUCUCGACCGAUCCGCGCUCGACAAGGGUCAUCGUCCCCAGCAAGUCCCGUGACGCCUACCUGAAGACGGCCAGCUGUGGUAAGGCGACAUACAGCGUCCUCUUCUGCGUGAACGCCACUGGAAACUACUUCCCACCCUUCGUCGUCUACAAGGCCAAACGUGAGCCCUUUGACUCGUGGAUGCGUGGCGGACCGCCAGGAACGGCCUAUGGGACGACACCGUCAGGCUGGAUGGAGGGCAACAUAUUCGAGAGCUGGUUCCAGACCAUCUUCGUCCCAGAGAUCACCAAGAAGCAUGAUGGUCAGCCCACAGUGCUCGUCUAUGACGGUCACGGAUCCCACAUGACGUAUCGGACAGCAGCGCUUGCGAAGGACAACAACAUCACGGUGGUAUGUCUUCCGCCACACACCAGUCACGCCAUCCAGCCUCUCGACGUCGCCGUGUUCAAGCCGGUCAAGGUCGCCUGGGCGCAAAUCCUGAAGCGGUGGCAGCGUGAGUCACGACUCGUCGCUGUCGACAAGUCGGUGUUCCCGACUCUCAUCUCCCAGCUGUGGAAGGAACUGGAUCCGGUCCACGCCGUGGCCGGAUUCCGCGGCUCGGGUCUGUUCCCAGUCGACGCUGAGAAGGUUCGCAGCCGGAUGGUGGGACCCGGGAGCACGUCACGUGAUGACAUCCCGUCACCUGAUGAGGCGCUCCAGGAUGCUGUGCUCAGUGUUCUCAGUCCGGAACAGUCAAGUGAGACGAAGGCGGCCCUGGCCAACAAGACGAAACGCCGCAGCCGAGUUCAAAACAAGAGCGGCGAGGUCUUGACGUCAGAGUCUUCUCUGCAGAGGCUCGAGCUGGAGGCGGCGAAGCGCGCAGAGAAAGGGAAGAAGUCUCCGUCGUCACAGCAGGACAGGAAACUCUCCAAGAAACGCGAAGAGAAGGGAAAGAAGCGGUCUUCGUCGCACAAGAUCGAGAAGCCAUCCGCGAAGCGAAAAGUGACCAAACUGACGACUCGAUCGAAGUAGAGGGGGUAAAGCUCACGCAGGUUUUUGGAAAUGUGGCGGUGCCCGUUCGCCACGCCACUGUGACCGUGGUUGGUGUUGUGGCCAUUGUCGGUUGUGUUUGUUGUUGUCUGCUCAAGUCAUCUAUGUGUCUUAAUAAAUUGAAACGACCGGUAAUACAUUUUCUUGAUUUUUUUUUACAUUUCAAUACUUAUAUUGUUAGCAACACCGAUUUCAUAUCCACGUUCCAGGCGAAUUUCAGCGUCGCAAAUCCAGCAGAUUAGGCACAAUAGAGCGUUGAAACAACUGUACUCAUUUUUUGCGAAGGAGCAAAAAAUGAGUAUAGCCGACAUUGGUCAGAAGAUGCAAUUAUUACAGAACAACCGCUCGUCUGACACCGUUGUGCCACAUAGGACGUCGUAGUCAGAACACGUAAUGUCAAUGUCCCAUAUAGCCAUUAUUCACACCCUUUCUAGUUUUGAAUAUAUUUAACUGAUAAUGUAAAACUAUACUCAUU